AUGCAGGCUAAUAUUGACGCGACGCAAACACCCACUGCGGAGGGUGUGGACCCUAUAAUUGAUGAUGGUGACGAAUUUGAAUCGAAGGAAAUUCAGCUCAUGAAGCAACGGGUUGAGGAAAUGGAACGUGAAGCAAAAAAACUGAGGGAGUUGCAGGCAGCUGCAGAGUCAGCAAAUGGGGGAUCCGCUACUGAGGCGGACCAAGGUGUUCCGAUGGAGACUGAGGAAGACAAGUCCAUCGCCGACGGCCGGAGCGUAUUUGUUGGCAAUGUGGACUACGGGGCAACCCCAGAAGAAAUCCAAGCGCACUUCCAGGCUUGCGGGACGAUCAAUCGUGUAACUAUUCUUUGUGACAAGUUCACCGGACACCCUAAAGGGUUUGCCUAUGUCGAAUUUGCCGAGCUUGAACACAUAGAUGCAGCAUUAGCUAUGGACAAUUCCCUAUUCCGCGGACGACUAAUAAAACGCGUGCGCGGCCCUUCGCAUCCUGUACGUCAGCUGUCCUCUAUCCUUGCAACGUUCAUCAGACAUUUGUCGAGCAAUACUGCGGUAUAUCCCUUCUCGAAGGCUGUCAUACUUCCGCCGCUCCCUCCAGCAAUGCCUGCUUCCCAGAUGGAGGCUUUGCGCCAAGGGAAAGGCAUAAUGGCUUACUUGCAAAAAAGUCUCCCCCAUCCUGCAAAACAAAAAUGGCUUGCUACAUGGUUUGCCAGAAGACAUCCGGACCGACUUCUUCCUGGCUCGGUACUGUCGGUCAGCCUCGAGCAUGCACCCACUACUUUCUCCGGGGUUCUGCUGUCCAUACGACGGCGGGGCACUGACACAUCCUUUAUCCUGCGGAAUGUUAUACAACGAACAGGCGUGGAGAUGCAGCUUUUUGUGAACUCGCCGCAUGUGAAGGAUAUCAAAAUUUUGCAGAGAGCCGGCGGCGGAGGUGGAAAGGAAGGAAGACGGCAGCGACGGGCCAAAUUAUUCUUCCUCAGAGACACACCAGAGAAGAUGACUGCUAUCUCUGCGGGUGUGAAGGCCUAA